AUGGCUCCGAGGAGGAUGGAGACGAAACCGCUGAUCUUUUGUGUGAAGACGCUGCUGCUGCUCUACUGCCUCAUCUUCUGGGUGACAGGUGUGGUGCUGCUGGCGGUGGGUCUGUGGUGGAGGUUCAUGUUGGGCCCCUACACUCUGCUGAUCUCCAACGGACCCUCAGUGGCCCCGUACGUGCUGGCGGGCACGGGGGCCUCCAUCGUGCUGUUCGGGUUGUUUGGCUGCUGGGCCACCUGCAGGGGGCGCCCCUGGAUGCUGAAGCUG